UGUGUGUGUGGCAUUGAUUGUGAGAGAGAGAGAGAGAGAGAGAGAGAGAGAUGGGCAGUGAAAAGUAUUUGGCAUUGUUUGAGAGUAGAGAAGGCAAAGGGAGAGUUGUUUACAGAGUGUUUGCAGGCUCUAUUUUGGUGGGGAUUUGUUUGAUUUGGGGUUUUAGACUCAAGUUUUUGGCAGAAGAUGAAGAAGAAGGAAGAUGGGGCUGGAUUGGUCUGUUUGGUGCUGAGUUAUGGUUUGGAUUUUAUUGGAUUCUCACUCAGGCUUGUCGCUGGAAUCCAAUUCACAGGCGAACCUUCAAACAAAAUCUCUCCCAAAGACAUGAGGGAGAAUUGCCAGGAGUGGACAUAUUUGUGUGCACUGCAGACCCUGAGAUGGAGCCACCAGCCAUGGUCAUCAGCACAGUAUUAUCGGUAAUGGCAUACGAUUACCCGACCGAGAAGCUCAGCGUGUACCUCUCCGACGAUGCAGGUUCUGAUCUCACCUACUACGCUCUCAUGGAGGCGUCUCAAUUUGCAAAGCAUUGGAUACCCUUUUGCAAGAAGUUCAACAUCCAGCCAAGGUCACCUGCAGCUUACUUUGCCUCACAGACUGAUCAUCAGAGCAAAGAAGUGGUCCUCAUUCAGAAACUAUACAAAGACAUGGAGAGUAGAAUCAAAACUGCAGUUGAUCUAGGUCGGGUCCCCGAAGAAAUACGGUCAAGUAGUAAAGGACUUUCCCAGUGGGAAUCCUAUGCAUCUCGUCGUGACCACGAUACCUUCCUUCAAAUAUUAAUAGAUGGGAGAGAUCCAGAAGCCAGAGAUGUUGAAGGGUCUACGUUACCAACUUUGGUGUAUUUGGCCCGCGAAAAGAGACCUCAAUAUUUCCAUAACUUCAAAGCUGGAGCCAUGAAUGCCUUGCUUAGGGUCUCAUCACAGAUCAGCAACGGGAAAAUCAUACUUAAUGUAGACUGUGAUAUGUAUUCAAACAACUCUGAUGCUAUAAGAGAUGCACUUUGCUUCUUUAUGGAUGAGGAGAAGGGCCAUGAGAUUGCAUAUGUGCAGUUUCCACAAAAGUUCGACAAUGUAACGAAGAACGAGAUCUAUGCAAGUACUUUACGAGUCAUUAGUGAGGUGGAAUUCCACGGUUUGGAUGGUUUCGGAGGCCCUCUAUAUAUCGGUACAGGCUGCUUUCAUAGAAGAGAUGUUCUCUGUGGGAAAAAGUUCAGCGAGGGAUACAGAAAUGAUUGGAACAGUGACAAACAUAGGAGUUUUGAAGACAGUGUAAAUGAACUAGAAGAAAAAUCAAAGCAUCUAGCAAGCUGUUCAUAUGAAGAGAACACUCAAUGGGGAAAAGAGAUGGGUUUGAGAUAUGGAUGUCCUGUAGAAGAUGUUAUAACUGGAUUGUCAAUACAAAGCCAGGGAUGGAAAUCGGUUUACUACAACCCAGAGAGGGGAGCUUUCCUAGGUGUUGCACCAACCACAUUACUUCAGACACUAGUUCAACAUAAGCGAUGGUCCGAAGGCGACCUCCAGAUUCUUCUUUCCAGGUACAGUCCUGCUCGUGGAAAGAUUAGCCUAGGACUACGAAUGGCGUACUGCAGCUAUUGUUUCUGGGCUGUUAAUUCCUUGGCAACAUUAUAUUACUCCAUCAUUCCCUCACUUUAUCUCCUCAGAGGUAUCCCCCUGUUUCCACAGGUUUCUAGCCCAUGGCUGAUACCCUUCAUAUAUGUGGUAUUUGCUAAGUAUGCUGCUAGUUUGGUGGAGUUUUUGUGGGCUGGAGGGACAAUCCUAGGAUGGUGGAAUGAGCAGAGGAUUUGGCUAUACAAGAGAACAAGUUCCUAUCUCUUUGCUCUUAUAGAUACCGUCUUGAAGAUGCUCGGAUUUACCGAUUCAGCAUUCGUAAUCACAGCUAAAGUGACCGAUCAAGAAGUCUCCAAAAGAUAUGAAAAGGAGAUAAUGGAAUUUGGAGCUUCCUCUCCAAUGUUUACCAUAAUAGCAACAAUUUCUUUGGUUAACUUGCUCUGCUUUCUUGGGAUGGUGAAGAAAGCAGUAGAGGGUGGCAGUGGUUUGGUGAUGACCUUUCAAACAAUGGCUUUUCAGCUUCUUCUUUGUGGAAUUCUGGUUCUGAUCAAUUGGCCUCUGUACCAAGGACUUUUCUUUAGAACUGAUAAGGGCAAGAUGCCAAGCUCCCUCACAAUUAAAUCCUUUAUAUUGGCUCUAGUUACUUGUAUUUCCUUUACAUUUCUGCUUUAAGUUGUGAGAGUUUCAUAUAUAUAUCUUUCGAUCAGAGUUUUGGAGCUUUGGUUUUUGUAGUUACAUAAAUGUCACUUUCUCACGCCUUGGUUCUAUAAAAGUUUGCAACUUUUUGGUUGGAAUA